AUGGAAUCUAAAAUGCCUUUGAACAAUGAUGUUUUGACAAAAGAAGAAGAGUUGCGAAAACAAAAGAGUACUUGGAGUGCUUUAAGGAAUUUACAUUGGCUAUAUGUUCCUUAUUUCAUCUACGCUUACGUUUCUGGUCUUUACGGAACAUAUUUGAUACUCUUUGAAGUUAAAUUUCUCACCGUUAUAUGGGGUAUUUAUUUAUUUCAUCCAAUGAUAUCGACACUAAUUUUUAUUAUUCAUAUAUAUUUUGCUAUGAUAGGCGUCACUGCUGGUACUCAUCGAUUAUGGGCACACCGAAGUUACAAGGCAAAAUGGCCACUGAGACUUUUCCUGAUGAUUUUACAAACUAGCGCGUUCCAAUUUAGCAUUUAUAGCUGGUGCCGAAACUAUAGAUUACAUCACAAAUUUAGCGACACCGAUGCGGAUCCGCAUAACGCGGAUUGGCUGAUGAUACGUACAUGGCAUCCGGAUGUUACAGCAAAACGCUCAACAAUCGAUUUGAGUGAUCUCGACCAGGAUCCUAUUGUGGCCUUUCAACAGAGAUGGUACUUUAUCCUGCUAGCGAUUUUCGGCUUCAUUCUACCAAUAUUAAUACCCUACUGGUUUUUGGGUGAAACACUGUGGUGUGCAUUGUUUGCCAACAUGUGCUGGUACAACGUGAUUUUAAACAAUUCGUCUUUUGUUAAUUCUGUGGCUCACAAAUGGGGCAUGACACCCUACGACAAGACGAUCAGACCAAAGGAAAAUUUUGUUAUUGCUUUAUUAACGUUGGGCGAAGGAUGGUAUAACUAUCAUCAUACUUUUCCUUGGGACUAUCGCACAUCUGAGUUUGGGAAGGUGAAUCCUAGUGCAGCAUUCAUCAACUUUUGCGCUUUCCUUGGUUUGGCUAAUGACUUGAAGAUCACGAGUCCAGAAUUGAUAAAGCAACGUGUUAUUCACAAUAACAAAAUAACUCAUAUUAAUAAGGAUAUAAUUGUAAAAGAAGAAUCGACAUUAAAAUGUGAAUAG